AUGCCGGAACAACCCGAGACCUUCGCCUUCCAGGCAGAGAUCGCUCAACUCAUGAGUUUGAUUAUCAACACCUUCUACAGCAACAAAGAGAUCUUCUUGAGAGAACUCAUCUCCAACUCCUCUGAUGCGUUAGAUAAGAUCCGAUACGAGUCGUUGACCGACGCGUCCAAACUCGAGGCCCAGAAAGAGAUGUUCAUUAAAAUCAUUCCCAACAAAGAGGAGAAGACUCUGACCAUCAUUGACACCGGCAUUGGUAUGACUAAAGCCGAUCUGAUCAACAACUUGGGAACCAUCGCUAAGUCGGGCACCAAAGCGUUUAUGGAGGCCCUGCAGGCGGGCGCUGACAUCUCUAUGAUCGGUCAGUUCGGUGUCGGCUUCUACUCGGCGUAUCUGAUCGCAGACAAAGUGACCGUCUUUUCCAAACACAACGACGACGAGCAGUACGUGUGGGAGUCGUCGGCCGGCGGUUCCUUCACCAUCGCUUCGGACACCGGCGAGAGUAUUGGCAGAGGAACUAAGAUAAUCCUUCACCUGAAAGAGGAUCAGUUGGAAUACGCCGAAGAGAAGCGCGUCAAAGAGAUAGUGAAGAAACACUCGCAGUUCAUCGGAUACCCAAUCAAACUGUUGGUGGAGAAGGAAAGAGAGAAAGAGGUGUCCGAUGACGAGGAAGAGCCCGAAGACGCCGACAAGAAGGAGGAGAAGACCGACGAAGAGAAGAAAGAGGGCGGCGAUGAAGACGAGCCCAAAGUGAUCCCUCUGAAGGACUACGUGUCCCGAAUGAAAGAGAAUCAAAAGAGCAUUUACUAUAUUACUGGCGAGAGUCGCGAAACGGUGGGCACGUCUUCGUUCGUCGAGUUGGUCAAGAAGAGGGGCUUCGAAGUGGUGUAUAUGGUUGAGCCCAUCGAUGAGUAUUGCGUCCAACAGCUCAAGGAAUACGAGGGCAAGACAUUGGUGUCUGUGACCAAAGAGGGCCUCGAAUUGCCCGAAGACGAGGACGAGAAGAAGAAACGCGAAGACGACAAGAAAAAGUUGGAGGCGUUGUGUAAAGUAAUGAAAGACAUUUUGGACAAAAAGGUAGAGAAGGUUGUGGUGUCCAACCGAUUGGUGUCGAGUCCCUGUUGUAUAGUCACGAGUCAGUACGGAUGGACCGCUAAUAUGGAGCGCAUUAUGAAGGCUCAGGCGCUGAGAGACUCGUCUACUAUGGGUUAUAUGGCGGCGAAGAAGCACUUGGAGAUCAAUCCGGACCACGCGAUCAUUGAGGCCCUCCGCCAGAAGGCCGACGCCGACAAGAAUGACAAAUCAGUGAAGGAUCUGGUGAUGCUUCUGUACGAAACAUCGCUCCUCACCUCUGGCUUCUCUCUCGAGGACCCGCAGACCCACGCGUCGCGAAUCCAUCGAAUGAUCAAAUUGGGUCUCGGCAUCGAAGACGACGACAUUCCGAUGGCGGAAACCACUGGCGCCGCCGCAGCCGCUGAAGACAUCCCACCUCUUGAGGGCGACGAAGAAGAUGCCAGUCGUAUGGAAGAAGUCGACUAA